AUGGAGCAAGAGGAAAAGCCAUGUGUCCUGGAUCUCCAGGUCUCCUCGGAAGAGGAGAUCCCAAGUGAUGCUAGCACAGGUGGCGGGAUGGUGAGUGAGAACGAGGAGGAGAACCUUCAGCAGGAAAGUCCCGAGCCAGUGGAACUGCACAGGUCGGUAGCAGGAGAAUGUGAAGGGAACGUUUCCCAAAGCCCUGACGAGGGAGAGGCCUGUGAGCGUGAGGACAGGUCAGAAGAGCAGCAGGUGGAGAAACUAGCUGUGCCCAGUCCCUGGGAGGGCAGCUACCAAGAGCUUGGAGAUGCCCAGCAGGCCCUGCAGGUGGGUGGGAAGCAGAACAUCUGUGCCGAAUGCGGGAAGCACUUCUCCCGGCGCUCGCACCUCAUCAUCCACCAGCGCAUCCACACAGGCGAGAAGCCCUACCAGUGCUCCGAAUGCGGGCGCCGCUUCAGCCAGAGCUCCACGUUGAUCAGCCACCAGCGCACCCACACGGGCGAGAAGCCCUACACCUGCCCCGACUGCGGGAGGAGCUUCAGCCAGAGCUCCACGCUGCUGACCCACCACCGGCUGCACACCGGGGAGACGCCCUACAAGUGCCUGGACUGCGGGAGGAGCUUCAGCCAGAACUCCACCUUCAUCAUCCACCAGCGCACCCACACCGGCGAGAAGCCCUACACCUGCCCCGACUGUGGCAAGAGCUUCAGCGUCAGCUCCUACCUCAUCACACACAACCGCAUCCACCGCGGCGAACGCCCCUACAAGUGCCCUGCCUGUGGGAAGGGCUUCAUCGACAGCUCCACCUUCGUGCGGCACCAGCGCACCCACACAGCAGAGAAGCCCUACCGCUGUGCCGACUGUGGCAAGAGCUUCAGCCUCAGCUCCUACCUUGUGAAGCACCGCACCCUGCACACGGGUGAGCGGCCCUACAAGUGCACCGAGUGCGGGAAGCGCUUCGGCGAGAGCUCGGACCUGUUGCGGCACCACCGCACCCACACUGGCGACAGGCCCUUCCAGUGUAAAACAUGCACUGAGUGUGAGAAAACCUUUUCUUGGAGGUCAGAGCUGCUAAUCCAUCAGAGACUGCACACGGGAGAGAAACCCUACAAAUGCCUCGACUGUGGGAAAAGUUUCACACGAAGCUCAAACCGUAAUGCGCAUCAGAGGAUCCACACAGGAGAUAAGCCCUAUAAAUGCACUGAGUGUGGGAAAAGCUUCAGCCAAAGCUCACACCUGGUGAAACAUCAGCGGCUGCACGUGGGAGAGAAGCCCUACAAGUGUACGAAAUGUGGAAAAAGCUUCAGCUGGAGCUCAGACCUUAUUGUUCACCAGAGAAUCCACACAGGAGAGAGACCCUAUAAAUGCCUCGACUGUGGGAAAAGCUUCAAUCGGAGCUCGAACCUUAACACACAUCAGAGAGCCCACAUGGGAGAGGGCCCCUACAAUUGCACCGAGUGUGGGAAAAGCUUCAGUUACUGCUCCUCCUUCAUUAGACACCAGAGAACCCACACAGGAGAGAAACCCUACAAAUGCACCGAGUGUGGGAAAACCUUCUUCGAGAGCUCGGCCCUUAUCAGGCACCAGAGGAGCCACACUGGAGAGAUGCCCUACAAAUGCACCGAGUGUGGGAAAAGCUUCUUCGAGAGCUCAUCUCUUAUCAAGCACCAGAGGAUCCACACCGGAGAGAAGCCCUACAAAUGCCCUGACUGCGGGAAGAGCUUCAAGCAGAGCUCAUCCCUCAUCAAUCAUCUGAGGACCCACACCGGAGAGAAACCCUACAAAUGCACCGACUGCGGGAAAAGCUUUACUGUGAGCUCCGCUCUGAUUAGACAUCAGAGGAUCCACCUUCACUGGAUUGAAGAAGACCCAGGAGAGUCCCUGAGAGAAUGUACAAAGGCUCUUGCUUUCAUGCUGGGGAAGACUAAAAUCAACCAAAAAGUGACUGUGCUGGAUGCAAGAAUCACUGGCCUGCAGCUUGCAGAGGUGGUGGGGAGUCUCUCCCCAUUUACAGGAAACGUUUCUCAGAAACUAGACCAGGGAAAAUCCCUUAAGAGUCAGGGCAGGUCAGAAGCACAGCAGCAAAACCCUUCGGAGGAGAGAGAGGGUAAAUCCACCCACCGCGGGAGAGGCGUGAGAAAACGCAAAGACACCAUCGUCCGCCAGAGAACAUAUGCAGGGGAGAGGCCCAACAUCUGCAUCGAGUGUGGGAAAAGCUUCACCCAGAGCUCAGACCUUACGAAUCAUCGGAGAAUCCACACAGGUGAGAAACCUUAUAAAUGCAUCGACUGCGGGAAAAGCUUCAGCAUCAAUUCAAACCUUAUCCGUCACCAGAGAACCCACACUGGGGAGAGACCCCACAGCUGCUCUGACUGUGGGAAAAGCUUCACAGACAAGUCGACCCAGACCCAGCACCAGUGCGUCCACAUGGGUGAGAAGCCCUAUAAAUGUGCCGAGUGCUGGCAAAGCUUCAGCCAGAACUCGGACCUGGUCAAGCACAUGAGGAUCCACACAGGAGAGAAACCCUAUGAGUGCACUCACUGUGGGAAAUGCUUCAAUGUCAGUUCAAACCUGAUCAGACACCAGAGGAUCCACACGGGAGAGAAACCCUACACAUGCUCUGACUGCGGGAAAAGCUUCACUGACAAAUCUACCCUGACACAGCACCACCGGAUCCACACGGGAGAGAAGCCUUAUGAGUGCAUUUACUGUGGGAAAAGCUUCAGCCGCAGCUCCCACCACAAGAGGCAUCAGAGAACCCACACAGGAGAGAACCCUGUGUCCUUCCUGCCUUUAUGGCCCUACCCCACUCAAGCAUGUUAG